GGCUCAUUCGGGAAGGAGGAGCAGGGAGCCGGGCCCAGAGCUGUCACCCAGGGCUGGGAGGGAACACAGAGAGCCCGCCUGCUGCUCAGCUCCCCUUCCUGUUCCCGGAGUGCUCGGCCGUACCCGCUCCUGGGAGCUCUGGAAAGGCCAGUGGUCGGAUGCCCCUCUAGACCCGAGCUGGGCCUGUAGCUCCGGGGCUCCUGGCUCCUCCUGCCGCCAGGAGUGCCCAGGCCGGAUGAGGGACCUCCCUGCAGCACGGGGCCCAGCAGCGGCGGCCUGAGGGAGCCCCUGAGCCGCGAGGGCCUCGCCUGACCACUUUCCCUUUGGCCGACUCCCCGCCUCGGGCGGCCCCCCCACCGGGCAUGCUGCUGGUGCCCAAGGCUCAGGGGCUCGUGGAGAUGCUGCAGACCAUCUAUGAGACGGAAUCCUGUUUCUCAGCAGAUGGGAUGCCAGGCCGGGAACCAGCCUUGGAAAUCCUGCCUCGGACCCCUCUACACGGCAUCCCCGUGGCAGUGGAGGUGAAGCCGGUGCUGCCAGGAGCCAUGCCCAGCUCCAUGGGGGGCGGGGGAGGAGGCAGCCCCAGCCCCGUGGAGCUGCGGGGUGCUCUGGCAGGCCCCGUGGACCCCGCGCUGCGGGAGCAGCAGCUACAGCAGGAGCUCCUGGCGCUCAAGCAGCAGCAGCAGCUGCAGAAGCAGCUCCUGUUCGCUGAGUUCCAGAAACAGCACGACCACCUGACCCGGCAGCAUGAGGUCCAGCUGCAGAAGCACCUCAAGCAGCAGCAGGAGAUGCUGGCAGCCAAGAGGCAGCAGGAGCUGGAGCAGCAGCGGCAGCGGGAGCAGCAGCGGCAGGAGGAGCUGGAGAAGCAGCGGCUGGAGCAGCAGCUGCUCAUCCUGCGAAACAAGGAGAAGAGCAAAGAGAGUGCCAUCGCCAGCACUGAGGUGAAGCUGCGGCUCCAGGAAUUCCUCCUGUCGAAGUCAAAGGAGCCCACGCCAGGCGGCCUCAACCAUUCCCUCCCACAGCAUCCCAAAUGCUGGGGAGCCCACCACGCUUCUUUGGACCAGAGUUCCCCUCCCCAGAGCGGCCCCCCUGGGACGCCUCCCUCCUACAAACUGCCUUUGCUUGGGCCCUACGACAGCCGCGAUGACUUCCCCCUCCGCAAAACAGCCUCCGAACCCAACUUAAAAGUACGUUCGAGGCUAAAGCAGAAGGUGGCCGAGCGGAGAAGCAGUCCCCUCCUGCGUCGCAAGGAUGGGACUGUCAUUAGCACCUUUAAGAAGAGAGCUGUUGAGAUCACAGGUGCUGGGCCUGGAGUGUCAGCCGUGUGUAACAGCGCGCCAGGCUCCGGCCCCAGCUCUCCCAACAGCUCCCACAGCACCAUCGCCGAGAAUGGCUUUACUGGCUCAGUCCCCAACAUCCCCACCGAGAUGCUCCCCCAGCACCGGGCCCUCCCUCUGGACAGCUCCCCCAACCAGUUCAGCCUCUACACGUCUCCCUCUCUGCCCAACAUCUCCCUAGGGCUGCAGGCCACGGUCACUGUCACCAACUCGCACCUCACGGCCUCCCCGAAGCUGUCGACGCAGCAGGAGGCCGAGAGGCAGGCCCUCCAGUCCCUGCGGCAGGGUGGUGCCCUCACGGGCAAGUUCAUGAGCACAUCCUCCAUCCCUGGCUGCCUGCUGGGCGUGGCGCUGGAGGGCGACACGAGCCCCCACGGGCAUGCCUCCCUGCUGCAGCACGUGCUGCUGCUGGAGCAGGCCCGACAGCAGAGCACCCUCAUCGCUGUGCCGCUCCACGGGCAGUCCCCGCUGGUGACAGGUGAGCGCGUGGCUGCCAGCAUGCGGACGGUGGGCAAGCUCCCGCGGCACCGGCCCCUGAGCCGCACUCAGUCCUCGCCGCUGCCCCAGAGCCCCCAGGCCCUGCAGCAACUGGUCAUGCAGCAGCAGCACCAGCAGUUCCUGGAGAAGCAGAAGCAGCAGCAGCUGCAGCUGGGCAAGAUCCUCACCAAGACUGGGGAGCUGCCACGGCAGCCCACCACCCACCCCGAGGAGACAGAGGAGGAGCUGACGGAGCAGCAGGAGGCCUUGCUGGGGGAGGGAGCCCUGACCAUCCCCCGAGAAGGCUCCACGGAGAGUGAGAGCACACAGGAAGACCUGGAGGAGGAGGAAGAGGAGGAGGACGAGGAGGAGGAGGAGGAGGAGGAGGAGGAGGACUGCAUCCAGGUCAAGGAUGAGGAGGGCGAGAGUGGUGCUGAGGAGGGGCCCGACUUGGAGGAGUCCAGUGCUGGUUACAAAAAGAUGUUUGCAGAUGCCCAGCCGCUGCAGCCGCUGCAGGUGUACCAGGCACCCCUCAGCCUGGCCACUGUGCCCCACCAGGCCCUGGGCCGCACCCAGUCCUCACCUGCUGCCACUGGGGGCAUGAAGAGCCCCCCAGACCAGCCCACCAAGCACCUCUUCACCACAGGCGUGGUCUACGACACGUUCAUGCUGAAGCACCAGUGCAUGUGCGGGAACACACAUGUGCACCCCGAGCAUGCCGGCCGGAUUCAGAGCAUCUGGUCCCGGCUGCAGGAGACAGGUCUGCUCAGCAAGUGUGAGCGGAUCCGGGGUCGCAAAGCCACGCUGGACGAGAUCCAGACGGUGCACUCCGAAUACCACACCCUGCUCUAUGGGACCAGCCCCCUCAACCGACAGAAGCUGGACAGCAAGAAGCUGCUCGGCCCCAUCAGCCAGAAGAUGUACGCCAUGCUGCCUUGUGGGGGCAUCGGGCUGCACCCCCAUUCUCGCCUUCCCCCUGCAGGGGGCACGCUGAAGCCUGCUCUCCUGCCCCCGCAGGUGGACAGUGACACUGUGUGGAACGAGAUGCACUCGUCCAGUGCCGUGCGCAUGGCAGUGGGCUGCCUCGUGGAGCUGGCUUUCAAGGUGGCGACGGGGGAGCUCAAGAAUGGAUUUGCCAUCAUCCGGCCCCCAGGACACCACGCGGAGGAAUCCACAGCCAUGGGAUUCUGCUUCUUCAACUCUGUAGCCAUCACAGCCAAACUCCUGCAGCAGAAGCUGAAUGUGGGCAAGGUUCUCAUCGUGGAUUGGGACAUUCACCACGGCAAUGGCACCCAGCAAGCAUUUUACAACGACCCCUCCGUGCUCUACAUCUCCCUGCAUCGCUAUGACAACGGGAACUUCUUUCCGGGCUCCGGGGCUCCUGAAGAGGUUGGCGGAGGGCCGGGCGUGGGGUACAAUGUGAACGUGGCAUGGACGGGAGGUGUGGACCCCCCCAUCGGAGACGUGGAGUACCUAACGGCCUUCAGGACAGUGGUGAUGCCCAUUGCCCACGAGUUCUCACCUGACGUGGUCCUGGUCUCUGCCGGGUUUGAUGCUGUUGAGGGACACCUGUCUCCGCUGGGUGGCUACUCUGUCACCGCCAGAUGUUUUGGCCACUUGACCAGGCAGCUGAUGACGCUGGCAGGGGGCCGGGUGGUGCUGGCCCUGGAGGGAGGCCAUGACUUGACCGCCAUCUGUGAUGCCUCUGAGGCCUGUGUCUCAGCUCUGCUCAGCGUGGAGCUGCAGCCCUUGGACGAGGCAGUUUUGCAACAAAAGCCCAACAUCAACGCAGUGGCCACGCUAGAGAAAGUCAUCGAGAUCCAGAGCAAACACUGGAGCUGUGUGCAGAGGUUCGCUGCUGGUCUAGGCCGUUCCCUGCGGGAGGCCCAGGCGGGUGAGACAGAGGAGGCUGAGACUGUGAGCGCCAUGGCCUUGCUGUCGGUGGGGGCCGAGCAGGCCCAGGCUGCCGCCGCCCGGGAGCACAGCCCCAGGCCGGCAGAGGAGCCCAUGGAACAGGAGCCUGCCCUGUGACGUCCUGGUCCCCGUCCCUCUGGGCUUCAUCAUUGUGAUUUUGUUUAUUUUUUCUAUUAAAAAACAAAAAGUCACACAU